UCUUACGGAGAAAGCAAAGCAAAGAGAACAAACAAUAUCGGUAAGUAUUUGAAGAAGUGUAGUGAAUCUCAAUCUCGAUCUUAUCUUUGAUAAUUCAGAUUCAGAUUGAAGUCCUUUGUUCGUUCAUCUCCAUGAGCACGCCACCGCUCUCACAAUCACAGGGCACGAGGCUGUUGUCUGUGUCUGGAUUCACUCGUCUAUGCAAGGGUCUUUCCCUGGUUCUGGUUUCUGCACACAUUGUUCUUCACUUUUUCCCUUUCGUUAUAACCUACCUCGCCCUCAUUCCCGCCAGGACAAUCCCAUUUGUCUGGAACCUCAUUACGGCUGGUUACAUUGAACAAUCUGUAUAUGGGGUAGUGGUCAGCACAAUUGGUCUCCUGUUCAUUGGGAAGCUGCUGGAACCAGUAUGGGGUCCCAAGGAAUUUCUAAAGUUCAUCUUUGUAGUUAACUUUCUAACUUCUGUUUGUAUCUUCACCACUGCUAUUGCUUUAUACUACAUUACGAGGCAGGAGACUUACCUUUAUUUGCCACUUUCUGGAUUUCAUGGAGUUAUAUCUGGCUUCUUGGUUGGCAUCAAGCAAAUUAUACCAGAUCAAGAGCUUCCUUUCCUCAAGAUAAAAAUGAAGUGGUUACCAUCUAUCACUUUAUUGUGUUCUAUUGCUAUGAGCUUCUGGACAGUGGAGGCAACAUCAUAUCUUCCAACUAUAAUAUUUGGUACAUAUACGAGCUGGAUUUACCUUAGAUACUGGCAGAGGAAACCAGAAACAAAGCUUAAGGGUGAUCCAAGUGAGGAUUUUGCAUUCUCUACCUUUUUCCCAGAGUUAUUAAGACCGGUUAUAGACCCUAUUGCAUCAAUAUUUCAUCGAAUGCUCUGUGGAAGAUCUGAUACUUCUAAUGAUGAUGAAGGUUACCCUCUGGGAGCUGACCCUUUGCCGGGUUCCGACCCCAUCGAGGCAUCUAGGAGGCGAGAAAGAGGUGCCCGAGCACUGGAAGAGAGGUUGGCUGCGGAGAGGUUGGCUAGUGCACGGAGUGCAGGGGAGUUGCAAACAGAUGCUGCGGAAAAUGUAUAAUGCCUUAGCUUUUGUAAAUUCAGAUAAGUUCGGCCAAACUAUUAUGAGUGACAUUUUCACAGAUGGUACAGUAAUGAGAAAUUUUUGUCUGUCUUUAAGGAAGAUUUUAAUGUGCAUUUUGUCUUUGGACUGUGAUCCUUAUGAAACUCAAGUUUCUGUUCCUUGUUGUCUGAUAAUUGAACUAUCCUGCGUACUU